AUGCUCCUGGCAGAUGUUCCUGGCAAGAAAGCUGUUUUGAGGGAAAGCAAUUUCAUCAGCAUCCUUGAGGGGAUCAAAGGGGGGAUGCUGAAGAGCAUCAACAACCAUGAGUUCUUGACUGAAACAACACUGCCAGAAUUUUUGAAACAGCUCACAAACAUCACCAUCACCUUCAGUAAUCAAGUGGCUGGAUCUCCUAACAACAUUAAGGCCAUUGUCAAAAUACUCACCAAUGUAGCCAACAUAUCAUCGUCAUUAGAUAUCUCAAUUAGCAGUGUUUCAAUGAAGAAUGUCCUGAUUACUGCAGGGAUCCUUAGCUCCAAUAAAACAAAGGAUUCAUGGAACCGUCUGAACAUCGAUGAUGCCAAAAACAUCUCACAUAACAACUCAGAACCUGAAAGUUCCAGUGGUGAUAUCAAUAAUAUCUCUCUCACAUUUGAUAUUUUUAUCUCUACACUGGGGAACCCUGAAUGUGUCUUCUGGAACUUCAGCCUCUUUGAUGGUCUUGGAGGAUGGGACAAUGAGGGCUGUGAGGUCGUGUUAAACAUAAAUGAAACAGGAACUGUGACCUGCAGCUGCAACCACCUGACCUCAUUCUCUAUCCUCAUGUCACCAAACAGUCCAAAGAAACUUUAUCUGGACAUUAUAACCUACAUUGGAGUUGGUCUGUCCAUGGGUUCUUUGGUCAUAUGUCUCAUCAUUGAAGCCCUCAUAUGGAGAAAAAUCAGAAGGAAUGAAACUUCUUACUUGCGUCAUGUUUCCAUUGUCAACAUUGCCGUGUCUCUCCUGAUUGCAAACAUCUGGUUUAUAAUUGGAGCGGCCAUUUCAGAUGCAGAUGUGAAAAACCCCCCAGCAUGCACUGCAGCUACCUUUUUUAUCCACUUUUUCUACCUAGCCCUGUUCUUCUGGAUGUUGGCCUCAGCUCUGCUGCUGCUCUACCGUAUGCUGGCCAUUGGAUUCAUUCUAGGCUACGGGGCUCCUCUCAUCAUUGCAACAAUAACUAUUGCUGCAACUGCACCUGCCAAUGGAUAUAUCCGAGAAAAUACAAUCUGCUGGCUCAACUGGGAAAAGUCCAAGGCUCUACUGGCAUUUGUGAUUCCUGCACUUUUAAUAGUGGUCAUAAACCUCAUUAUCCUGGUUGUAAUGGUGUACAAAAUUGUUAGAAGAAGGGUCGGGGCGAAUGCUGCACAAGCAGAUGAGAGGCACGUUCUGAAAGUUAUUGCCAAGAGUGCGGUCAGAAAUGGCAGCCUGGUCACAAACCUCCCGAAGCACCAGAAGUGGGUCAAGGAGCACCACUGCUGGAAACUCAUCAAGUGUAUUUGCACUUUUGAGGAACUGGAGACGAGGAAGAGGUAUACCAACAGUUAA